AUGUCUACACACAACGAGCUCAAUACAGGUCCUGAAUUCCUUUUUAUUCCAAUAGAAAACUCAAACAACCGCACAACGAAGCGCCUAGCCCGAUCGCAUGCCGUAGCGUGCGGCCUCCGGAAUAAAAGAAAGCUUCAGCAGAGUUCGGGCCGUAAUUUCCAUGUUCUAUGUCCAGCAAACAAUAAGAGCCAAUCCGCGAGCAAAGAGAAACAAGAUGGAGCUCUUAUCGCACCACCAGUCCCCCUUGCUGUAGGCCUCUCCGAUCCGCUCCAAAUGAUGGCCGCAGAGUCCCCGAUACUACGGGUAUUGCUAAAAGGCAAGCUCCUGGAAACCACCCAAUGUCCGACAACGGCUCACAAGAUACAGAAAAAGCCGGUAUUCAGUGUUGCGGAUGAACUUGUGCUUCAAAACUUCCGCUCCGUCCUUCGAAAAGGACUAGAUGAUAACGCUCUUCUGAGCGCCGUCAUGCUCACAUUUUUAUUUACCGUCACAGCAGGUAUGACCAGCAGGGAGUGUCUCGAAUACCAAAACAAAGCUCUGAGCUCUAUCCGUCAAAGAAUGAGUUCUCCGGAUAAGGCUGCCACGGAGUCUACAAUAGGGGCUAUUUUGCUACUUGCUGGUAUAGAGGCCCAGCUUGGUAUGCCACAUCAAGUCCAGCUCCAUAUGGGAGCAAUACAACUCAUUCUUGAUGUAUGCCAAAGAAAGCGCGUCUAUUUGAGUGACGAUAUCAAACGUGCGAUUUUCUGGUCAGACUUAAACGGUUCGGUCGCGACAGGCUCAAGCCGAGUUGUUGACCACACAACUUUUUCCGAGCUCCAAUGGAAGAGGUAUACUUCCCAUCCGGGCUUUUUUAUUCUUCCACCUGGAUUUCAAAGCCGCUCUCAUUUAUUAGGCCAGGAUUUUGUUGAGAUUCUCAAGGACGUAUUUGCAUUGCAAUGUAUUCGGGAUACAGAAAUCCUCGAGAAAGAGGAGGCAAUGCCGAUGGCACAUAUCGACAACCACCAAGCGUCCAUCCAGUCGAGGCUAGUGAGCUUGCCAGUUUGCUCGCCUAUCUCGGGAUGUUGCCACCAAGCGGCGUAUUUAUGUUCGACUAUGCUGCGCUGCAAAAUAUGGCGGACUUCAACCAUCCCCUCCCACCUUUCAUUACAACUGCUCUGCAAGAUACAAUCAGCGAUCAAUGAUCCAAUAUGGUAUGAUUCGCUUGAUUUGUUGGCUUGGCUCCUGCACAUCGGAGGUGCUUUUGCUCCCGCAGGGUCUAUACGUCAGGGCUAUGUGCAGCUGUUGCACUUGAACCACAGCAGAUUGAGGUGGCUUUAUACAUCAUGGCCAGAACUGCUUCUCAUUCUUAAGCAGUUCAUAUGGUCCGACAACGCAUUUUUGUCCCAGGUUAAAGCCUUUUGGGAAGAAAAUCCACUCUAG